UCUACCGCCUUCACCUGUUACGUCAAGCACGUCAUCACCACCACCGCGCUCCCCGUCCCGGUGCUCAUCACAUCGCUCAUCCUGGUAUCGCGCCUCAAACAGCGUCGGCCAGAUUUGCGCGGUGAAGCGGGCUCCGAAUGCCGAAUCUUCAUCGCCGCGCUAGCCAUCGCGAUGAAGCUGCUCAUGGACAACACAUUCUCGGCGCGGACGUGGGAGAAGGUCGCGAGUAUACCCGUAGCGGACCUGAACGUGAUGGAGAUGGAGUUUUUGGGACAGAUCGAUUUCGAGACGCAUGUGGGCGAGGCGGAGUACUUUACGUGGUUG